AUGGCCUUCCGCUUCGCUUCUGCCAUCGUUCCCCUCGCGCUCGUUUCUGCCGCGCUCGCGCAGACAUACAGCGCAACAUACCUCCCCUCCAACGCUCCCGAUCACUCCGAGGAAGGCCAAACGGGCACGAACAAGUGCGGCACCACGAGCUCGCCAAGCUCGAACUGUCAGAACGUUUACGUGAACUCCAUCGACGACUUCUGCCUCUUCGCGCCGCCUGAACCCGGCGCGGACUCCGACAUCGGCAACACCGAACGCAUCGAGGUCGCGUGGUGCAUGAAGGACGGUUAUGGCACUCGUCUCAUCCCAGACGGGACCAUCUCUGGAGCCCACUUCAUCCAAACUCCAGACUACGUCCAGGUUCUGGGUGUCGGCGACCUCACGAAGAUCAACAUUCCGGCCGGAGAUCAGGGAGGUGAACUCGAUCCACACGGCGCGGACGGGAAUGGUAACCCUAUCGGUGGUCUCGUAUUCACGACAGCGUUCGGCGAGCUCCAGCAGGCACACGAAUGGACGAACUUCAUGGCCGCGAACGAGUUCUGUAUCCGUGUAUGUAAGGACGGACCAAAAGCCCCCGCGCUCUGCCAGCACAUUUACGACGUUAUGGGUUGCGAGUGGAACAUGCCCGGUGACUACAGCGCCGGCUCCUUCGACCAGUGCCAGGGUGAUACUGGCGAGCCCAUGGGUGUCUACGGGACGUCGACUUUCCACCAGGGCCAACCGUCGACGCCCGACGCGCACCCCGCGCCCCCGAAGUCCAUGUGCACGCCCGUGGGCUCGAUUAAGAACGGGGUCGCCCCCAUCACCGGGAGCACAACUUCCACCAGCGGUGGCUCUAGCGCCACUACUGCUAAGACUACUGGACGCACGAGUGCUCCCAGCGCGCCGUCUUCUACGACUUCGUCCUCGACCGGGGCGUCUCAAACUGCAAAGCCAUCGACGAACGCCGCUGCACUUAACCACAGCACUGUAUUCGAUCUUGGUGUCGUUGUGGUCUCUGCGGUUCUCGGUGCAGUGUUCAUCCUCUAA